AGCCGCUCAGACAGUUUUGCAGAAGGAAACAAACAUCCGUGGUGCAUGUGGAAUUGGGCGCUUGUUGCAUUGAAGUUUGAGUAAGGACUUCUGUUAAGGGGCGCGCGUUGUGAAGUCUGACUGACUCAUGUAACUAGGCUAUGCUGCUACUAUUUCUGUAUUAAAAAUAAUGCAAUGGGAACAAUUGACCUGCCCUGUGUCACUAUUUCUGCAUAAGAAGGAAGACACCCCUUCCGUGACACCCUGUCUGCCGUGAUAUCGAUGCCUGCAACCAGGAUAAACCUUUGGGAAAUACCGGACCUGUAAAUGCCAACGUUUUUUUUUCUUCUUUUUUUUCCUGUGUGUGUGUGUGUGCAGGUCUUCAAAACAACAGCUUAUUCCAUUGACCUGCGGAUUUCAUACCCGUAGCAAGUUAUAAACACAGGCGAGGAAGAAUUGGGUUUCUGCUGUAUAAAUUCUCCGGAUGGAACGGUCUCCGAGAUGCAGAGAUAACAGUACUGUUGGCUUGGGAGCAUUACCUGUGUGGAUCUGAUAUUAGCCUACCCACGCCACCCCUCCCCACCAAUCUCUAUUAUUAUUAUUAUUAUUAUUAUUAUUAUUAUUAUUAUUAUUUGCUAAAGAAGACGAAAAAAACAAAGCAAAAUAAUCAUGACAUCACCGGCUAAAUUCCGAAAAGAGAAGGAGAUCAUUGCUGAAUAUGAAACUCAAGUCAAAGAGAUCCGCGCCCAGCUGCUGGAGCAGUUAAAGUGCCUGGACCAGCAGUGCGAGCUCCGGGUGCAGCUGCUACAGGAUCUGCAGGACUUCUUCCGCAAGAAGGCCGAGAUCGAGAUGGACUACUCUCGCAACCUGGAGAAGCUGGCCGAGCGCUUCCUCGCCAAGACCCGCAGCACCAAGGACCACCAGUUCAAGAAGGAUCAGAACGUGCUGUCUCCGUUGAACUGCUGGAACCUGCUGCUGAGCCAGGUGAAGAGAGAGAGCCGAGACCACGCCACGCUCAGCGACCUCUACCUCAACAACAUCAUCCCCCGCUUCGUCCAGGUCAGCGAGGACUCCGGACGCCUCUUCAAGAAGAGUAAAGAGGUGGGGCUGCAGCUGCAAGAGGACUUGAUGAAGGUUCUCAAUGAGCUUUACACGGUGAUGAAGACGUACCACAUGUACAACACGGACAGCGUGAACGCGGAGAGCAAGCUGAAGGAGGCUGAGAAGCAGGAGGAGAAGCAGAUCAGCCGCUCAGUGCGCCAGGAGGACAAGCAGACCCCGCGCUCACCCGACGCCCUCACCAACAUUAAGAUCGAUGAGAAGCAUGUGCGCCGCAGCUCCGUCAAGAAGAUCGAGAAGAUGAAGGAGAAGCGCCAAGCCAAAUACACUGAAAACAAGCUGAAGGCAAUCAAAGCCAGGAAUGAGUACCUGCUAGCUCUGGAGGCAACAAACUGCUGUGUCUUCAAAUACUACAUCCACGAUAUCUCCGAUCUUAUUGAUUGCUGUGACCUGGGCUAUCACGCCAGUCUGAACCGCGCUCUGCGGACCUACCUCUCUGCGGAGUUCAACCUGGCGCAGUCGAAGCACGAGGGCCUGGAGACCAUCGACAACGCUGCUGAGAACCUGGAGGCCAACAGCGACAAGCAGCGGCUCAUGGAGAUGUACAACAGCGUCUUCUGCCCCCCCAUGAGGUUCGACUUCCAGUCCCACAUGGGCGACACGGUGGGGUACAUGUGCGCUCAGCAGCCCGUGCAGGGCGAGCUGCUCCAGAGGUGUCAACAGCUGCAGUCCCGGCUCUCCACACUCAACAUUGAAAACGAGGAGGUGAAGAAGACCAUGGAGGCGACCCUGCAGACCAUCCAGGACAUUGUGACGAUCGAGGACUUCGACGUGUCUGACUGCUUCCAGUACAGCAACUCCAUGGAGUCGGUCAAAUCCACCGUGUCGGAGACCUUCAUGAGCAAACCCAGCAUCGCCAAGAGGAGAGCGAACCAGCAGGAGACUGAGCAGUUCUACUUCACGAAACUGAAGGAGUACCUAGAAGGCAGGAACCUGAUCACCAAACUCCAAGCCAAACACGACCUGAUUGAGAAGACACUGGGGGAGAGCCAAAGGACUGAUUGCUCCCUUGCCAGUGGAAGGAGGAACUCAUCUGUGCGGAAGCAGGAUGCAAGCCAAGUUAUUCCCCUGAUGGUUGAAAGCUGUAUAAGAUUCAUCAGCCGACAUGGCCUGCAGCAUGAAGGCAUUUUCAGAGUGUCUGGAUCACAAGUGGAGGUCAAUGACAUUAAGAACUCGUUUGAGAGAGGCGAGGAUCCGCUUGCAGGAGACCAGAAUGACCACGACAUGGACUCCAUCGCAGGAGUGCUCAAGCUCUACUUCCGAGGCCUGGAGAACACGCUCUUCCCCAAGGAAGUCUUUCAAGACCUCAUUGCCGGAGUGUCGAUGGAGAACCUCCAGGAGAGAGCUCUGCACAUCCGGAAGGUCCUGCUGCUGCUGCCCAAACACACCCUGAUCAUCAUGAGAUACCUGUUUGCGUUCCUCAGCCACCUGUCUCAGUACAGCGAUGACAACAUGAUGGACCCCUACAACCUGGCUAUUUGCUUCGGCCCCACGCUGAUGUCAGUCCCCGAGUGCCACGACCAGGUCACCUCCCAGGCGCACGUAAACGAGCUGAUCAAAACCAUCAUCAUCCACCACGAGACCAUCUUUCCUGGGCCCAGGGAGCUGGAGGGCCCCGUGUACGAGUGCGGAGUCACCGCUGAGGAGUACUGUGACAGCCCCCACAGCGAUCCUCCAUUGGCAGAAGACUCCGUGCAAGAUAUCGUCAGCGAACAUCACAACAGCGAGGACGGGUCCUUGCUCCUUUCAGAGUCUGAGUCCAUCGAAGCCAUCGCCAGGUUCGACUACGGGGGCCGCACAGCUCGGGAGCUGUCCUUCAAGAAGGGGGCCUCGCUGCUGCUCUACCAUCGCGCCUCUGACGACUGGUGGGAGGGGCGCCAUAAUGGUGUGGAUGGGCUGGUACCACACCAGUACAUCGUGGUGCAGGACACGGAGGACGGUUUGUCCGAGAGGGCCAGUCCCAAAUCGGAACUGGAAGCUGCGCCGGACGGAGCACACUCGGAGGAGAAGGUGUCCACUAGGGUCAGUGUCAGCUCUCCCACUGGGGGCCACGUGGCGGAUAUCUACCUAGCGAACCUCAACAAACUAAGGAAGCGCCCCGAGUCUGCAAGCAUCAGGAGGACCUUCCGGCCCAGCGAGGGCCACGGUCCAGGGGAUGGGCCGCCAGGGGCCAUGGCUAGUCCUAGAGCCACCUCCAUGCCAGUGGGCAGCCUGCCGAAAGAGGGUCCGGAGAAACGGCCAGUCAGCGCCCAUGGGGGCCUCAACUCCAUCACCCGGCACUCCUCCCUCAAGACCAAGGUGGAGAGCCCGCAGUUACGCAAAGCAGCCACCGCAGGGCGCUCCAAGAGCUUCAGCAACCACCGGCCGCUGGACCCUGAAGUCAUUGCCCAGGUAGAGCACAGCUCGCAGGACAUCGAGGCGACGAUGAACACAGCCCUGAAUGAGCUGCGUGAGCUGGAGAGGCAGAGCAGCGUGAAGCACGCUCCCGACGUGGUGCUGGACACACUGGAGCCCUUGAAGACCUCUCCCUCCCUGCUGGGGCCCACCUCUGAGCCCUCCAGCCCCCUCCACUCCCGCCUGCUCAAGGACUCGGACUCGCACCCCCUGCAGCGCAGCGCCAGCUCAGCCAGCGACGUGCCCAGCUCUUUCCGCCCUUCCAAGACUUCUGCCAAGGCCGCCGCACCCCCACGAGAGGCCAGACCCCCGGUCACCCGGCCCAAACCCAUGGUGUACCACAAGACGAACUCCGCCGGCCCUGGCAUGGGCUCUCCCACCUCCACCACCCCCCCUACACCCCCGCCACCCCCUCCCCCCACGGAUAAAUCAUGCAUAGUGUGAGGCAUGAACCAGCCUGGAGGCGGUGUUGGAAAAGGGGGAGAGGAUUUGAACCCUGGGACCGCGGGGGCUUGAGAGAGAGAGAAGCCCAUAUGGCGCUACCUAAAUCUAAUAAUAAUAAAAAAUAAUAAUUCUGUGUAAAUUAGUUGAGCGCCUCUUUUGCUGCAGUUGUCUAGCUCAGAUGAAGUGGGAACUGCCUCCAUUUCAGGAUUAUUUGUCCUUUUUUUUGUUGUUUUGCUUUUUUUCUCUGCCUCCUCCACCACUUUCAUCAGAAUGAUCUGCCAUGGUCAGGAUAAAGAAACUAAAAAAAGGAGUUUGGACAACUCUCAGAUUAACCCAGCAGCAGCAAAGUCUACAAAAACAAUGCAUGGUUUCUGAUUGCUGUUGUGAAAAUGGCCCACCAGAAGGGAUUUGUUACUGCAGUCUGAGUGGGGAGAGAGUGGAGUCUUCAAAAAAAACAAAAAUAGAAUAAGAGAAACAGCUCCAGCUUAGACUUAAUACAAAGGUAAAAAAAAAUGCUCUUUCUUGAUUUUGGAGGACUCUUGGACAUUAAAAAACAAAAAAAAAAGUGUGUGCUUUUUUUAAUUAUAAAUAAACCUGUACCUAUUUAAACAUUAAUGGGGUCAGGUGUACGUAGUGAAGUGUUGCAUUGGAACUUAAUACAGCGGGGGAAAGAAACACACACGCUUGUGCCAAACGAUAUCCCCCUCCCCUUCCAAAGCAUAUUGACCUGCAAAAGGAGUGCAGGAGUCAAGCAACUUUGAGGAUCCACGCACUGUUGACAGGCAUUGGUGACUUAGCUUAUUUUAAUUUAGCAUAUUCAGUGGUGGGUCUACCUGUGUAAUGAUCUUCAAUCAGUGGACUCCAGGCUGGGAUCCCUCUUGUGUAAAGUAUAGGCUCUGGGUCUGCAGGACUGAACAUGUUUGUUAUUAAUACUCUACAUCCUGUAUGAAUUGUGAUUUUCGCUUGAGCUGUCAUGCUGUGAACUUAGCGCUCCUGCAGUGCAGCACAAAUUGGUUUUGCCAGACGUGUCCGUCCUCUAAUGUUUGUAAAGGGAGUUCGAAAGGCAGUUCGAGAGAGCAUGCGUGAAAAUGGAAAAAUAAAUAAGUCCAUUAGAUCUUCCAGAAAAAAAAAGAAGAAAAAACGGUUGCCUCUCAUAACAACAAAUUGCUUUUGUAUCUUUGUGAACGUAUAUCUUUAAAGUACUUUUUUUUUUUUUUUUUUUUUGGUAGAGACAGGCAGUAAUCGUGCUGAUAACUGGAAUAAUUUGAUGUACUUCAAUGUCACAAAGUGUAACAUUCAUCCUACAAUAACUGCAUUGAAUAGGACCAAAGUAUAUAAACCCAUGCUUUAUCAUAUUUAUUGUAAGGGUUCAUGCAAGUUAUGAUUUAUGAUUCUCUCAUAAGUAUAUAUAUAUAUAUAUAUAACCACGUAUAGCGCAGUGUUCAUUUUGGUGGGAAAAUAACAUUGCAAUAAAAUCACUUUGCUUAAGGCUAACAUUGGCAGUAAUACAGUAAUACAUUUUUUUAAUACCGCUUACAAUAAACCAUAGUUAAAUAUUCAGACCCCAGAAGGGGGUUUCAAGCUACAGCUAAUGAACCAGUUUAUCUUCUCACUGUACGCAGAUCUGCAGCUGUGUAUGCUGUAAGUGUGUUACUGAGGUGAUAAACAACCACUAUGUACAGUCUGAGUUUCUGAAAUCUGAGAUCUGUUGUGUUUUUUUCCCUCUGCUAUUUACAGGAAACUAAUGGAGAAGUAAAUCAGUUUACAAUGUAAUCUCAUUGUCAAACAUUUGUUCCAAGCAAUAUAAUAUAGUUACUGUGUUAGUUACUGCUCAGGAAUGGAAACCAGAGAAUGGGAAUUUGAAGUUUUGUCUUUUAUAUGGUCUAAUUAUUUUUCUGAUCCUAAAAUGGUCUAAUUAAAGCAACAGCAAUAAAAUGGUCUCAAUCUGUGAAGCCUCCCUCACCAACCUUCAACCCAAAGUUUACUAUAAGUUAAUUAUGUUCUUAGUGAUUUUCAAGGGACCACUAGAGGGCAGUACAAAAAAAAGACGGUAUUUCUGAUAAGGUUCACUGCUGGGGGAUCAGCAAUUCACGAUUGAUUCCAGUGCUAAAGGGAUUAAAACUUAGACCAUUAAUGAUGUCAUCAUUGCUACCUCUUCCCUCUCCUCCCAACACCACCCUUGUGGAAUUAGCUUCCCUCUACUACCUGGUCCCUCAUGGCCUGCAACAAUAGGCUGUGUAGCUCAAACACAGACCUAUCCUGAGGAUUUGCAAUAAGGAAAACCGUACAGAGUAGUAAUAACACAGCUGCUUUAGAUUGCAUCCAGGGACAGUUGAAUGAGAUUCCUCUCUAAGCUGUAGCAGGUUUCCAAUCCCAAAGCCUAAGUCAGGAUUCAAUGAGAAAAUACAGCGAUGCUCUAUGACCAGUGUUGUGUCUGUUCUUUGGCGCUGUGCAGUCAAUCUUCCAGACAGAAGGGGAGACGCUCUGAAAGCCUCACCUGCCCCACUGAUUUGUCUCCGGCAGUGUACUUCUGUACUAUUUACAUCCAAAAGCGUACCUGAUGCACUAGGGUCCUAAGAGAUUUUGUUUUGUUAUACAGACAUCGCAGACAGGCAUAUCUCCUCCCUACAUGAGCAGCAUUUGCUAAGUCAUUAAAUACCUAGAGAACCUGGAAAUAACACUGCUUGUUUGUGUGGUUGUUCUUUUGAAUGGAAUUCACACUGUAAGUACCCAAUCGGCCUGUUUGUGUGCAUCAUUGCAGAAAUCAUGCAUUAGGAGAAAUGUAGCGGGUUCAAAUGCGUUCCAUGUGUGACGUUCACCCCAACCUUAAUAAAACUGGAUUACUGGUAUUCUCUGUUUAUUUAAGAUGUAAGAAAUAAGCAUUAACUAUUAAUACAUGUGGCGCAAAAGCAAAGCCUUUUUUUUUUUUUUGAUUUUUGAUUUUGUUGCUCGAAGCUGUACCUAGUACUGUUGUCAUGCCACCACUUCCAGCUUUCCAAUCUGCAUUCAGUUCCCAUAAUGCACUUGAAAUGUCCAUUGUGCGGUUGUGUACCGGUUGAGUGGGACCUUUUUUUUCUUAUUGGUAGUUCUUGUCUUAAAAAAAAUAAAUAUAUACAAAAAUAGACUGUAAUGUCAAUAUAUUUAUAGUUGUCCAUUCAAAUGUCUAUAUAUUACAUGAAUAAACCUGUGUUCAAAUGUACUUGUAUAUACAAUUUUGUACAUUACAGAGGUACAUUAUUCUUUUGGGUACAAAGCAAUAGAAGUUUAGUCUUAAGAUAAACCUUAUAUGAGUAUAUGUGUAGUUCUUGUAGUAAACCUUUUUUUUUUUUUUAAAUAAACAUUGCUUGCUAUAGAUA